UCGAAGCACUAAAGCGAAGAGAGUGUGAGAAUUGUGUAUAAAAAAACACUGAAUAACUCAACAGUGCUUUGAUCACAGCAAAAGAAAAACUCAAGAUGGCUCUCGAAGUAUGCGUGAAAGCCGCCGUUGGUGCUCCUGAUGUUCUUGGCGACUGCCCGUUCAGCCAAAGGGUUCUUCUCACCCUCGAGGAGAAGAGUCUGCCCUACAAAAUGCAUCUGAUCAACCUCUCCGACAAACCUAAGUGGUUCUUAGACAUUAAUCCUGGAGGGAAAGUGCCAGUGCUUAAGAUCGACGGCAAGUGGGUGCCUGAUUCCGACGUCAUCGUCAGCCUUCUCGAGAAGAAGUAUCCUGAGCCAUCACUCAAGACUCCUCCCAAGUUUGCCUCUGUUGGAUCCAAGAUCAUGAGUACUUUCGUGGCUUUCCUGACGACCAAAGACUCAAGUGACGGUCCUUUGCUUCAUGAGCUACAAGCCUUGGAGAAUCAUCUCAAGUCUCACGAUGGUCCUUUUAUAGCCGGGGAAAAGGUUAGCGCGGUGGAUCUAAGCUUAGCACCAAAGCUUUACCAUCUGGAGGUCGCUCUUGGCCACUUCAAAAGCUGGUCUAUCCCUGGGAGCUUGACCCAUGUUCAUAACUACAUGCAUGCUUUGUUCUCCCUCCACUCCUUUGAGAAAACAAAGGCUGAGGAGAAGUAUGUGAUCGCGGGAUGGGCUCCCAAGGUCCACUACUAAAACUACUAUUUCCAUCUGUUCCGCACCACUAUGAGAUUAACUGGUGUGGUGUUGUGUUUCAUGGUUUAUCUUCUCUACCAGUCAAAUAAUGAAUGUUGACCUAUUAUGCUUUGUAUUGUAUCAAUCAAACCAUAUUAAUGUUAAUAAGGCAUUCUGACAUACAUUAUUCCAA